CAAAAUGUGACCGGUCACUUUUUUAAAGAAAGUGACCGGUCAACUUUUGACCCGUCCCAAUCGAAGAGUUAACCUCAUUUGGUGAUUGAUGAAAAUGAUCAGUCAUAUUUUGACCUGUCCCUUUCGGUUAUCCGGGCCGGGUAUAGGGAUAUACACAUCACAAGCGACCCAGAGUCUCUCAAAUUGUAGCCAAUGUAUAUCAUACACGUGACUGCAACAAACAGAUCGAGUGGGAAUAUAAAUAUAUAUGGGAGAAUGCCGGCGGCGGGAAGGGGUGAUGUGUAUGAGUAUAGGAUCACUGCUUAUUUCACAUUUGCUUGCAUUGUUGCCGCCAUGGGUGGAUCUCUCUUUGGCUAUGAUCUUGGCGUUUCUGGUGGAGUAACAUCCAUGGAUGACUUCUUGAAAGAGUUCUUCCCCAAAAUAUACAGAAGGAAGCAAGACCAUCUCCAAGAAACAGACUACUGCAAAUAUGACAAUCAGAUCCUCACUCUCUUCACUUCAUCUCUAUACUUUGCUGCCCUCGUCUCCACAUUCGGGGCUGCCUAUGUGACCCGAAUCAAAGGCCGCAGGGCCAGCAUCCUCUGGGGUGCCACCACUUUCUUCGUUGGUGCGUUGAUCAACGCCUUCGCCAAGAACGUGGCAAUGCUCAUUGUUGGGCGUUGCCUUCUUGGCUUCGGCAUUGGUUUUGGAAACCAAGCAGUGCCUUUGUACCUUUCAGAAAUGGCACCAGCAAAGAUCAGGGGGGCCAUAAACCAGCUCUUCCAGCUCACAACCUGCCUGGGCAUACUCAUAGCCAACUUCAUUAACUAUGCAACAAAUAAGAUCCACCCCUGGGGGUGGAGAUUAUCUCUGGGGCUAGCCAUGGUCCCCGCCGCGCUCAUGUUCGUGGGCGGGCUUUACCUGCCCGAGACCCCUAACAGUCUUGUCGAGCAGGGAAGACUGGAGGAAGCUCGGGCAGUCCUUGAAAAGGUGAGGGGGACGUCAAAGGUCGACGCCGAGUUUUCGGACUUGAUGACCGCGAGCCGGGCUGCCCAAGCCGUAAAGCAACCUUACCGGAACCUCCUGAGGAGGAGGAACCGGCCUCAGCUCGUGAUAGCGGCCCUCGGGAUCCCCGCGUUCCAGCAACUCACGGGGAUGAACUCGAUUCUUUUCUACGCCCCCGUGAUAUUCCAGAGCCUCGGGUUCGGGUCGGGGGCUUCGCUCGUUUCGUCCACGGUCACGAGCGGGGCCCUCGUUCUGGCCACGCUCGUGUCCAUGGCCCUGGUGGACCGGUUCGGGCGGCGGGCAUUUUUCCUCGAGGCGGGGGCGGAGAUGGCGUGCGCCCUGGCGGCGCUCGCCAUCACGCUCGCGCUAGAGUCAGGGCCAGGGAGGGAGAUCUCGAGGGGGGUCGGGAUCUUCCUCCUGGUCCUGGUAUGCGUGUUCGUCCUCGCGUACGGGAGGUCGUGGGGCCCGCUCGGGUGGCUCGUCCCGAGCGAGCUCUUCCCGCUGGAGACGCGCUCCGCGGGGCAGAGCCUCGUGGUGUGCGUGAACAUGGUCUUCACCGCAUUGAUCGCGCAGAGCUUCCUCGCGUCGCUCUGCCAGCUCAAGUACGGCGUCUUCCUCGUUUUCGCGGCGCUGAUCGUGGUCAUGAGUUGCUUCGUCUUCUUCCUCCUGCCCGAGACGAAGCAGGUCCCCAUUGAGGAAAUACAUCUGCUGUGGCACAAACACUGGCUAUGGAGAAGGUACUGCCCUCCCCUGGAGAAUAAUGUGCUUCAUGAAAAUCCAUGACAGAAUGUUUUGUGAGACUGAUCACGCUUGUUUUGACAGUUUUGUCCUUAGUUAUAGUUAUGAGGGGAGAGAUGAUUAAUUAGCAUUUACGUUUUGAAUUAAUUUCGGAAUGAUACGGAUUAAUUUUGGAAAUGCUAAAGUUAAUAUUGACGUUGUUACCAACAGGAUCUAAGUAUUACAUUUUUUAUUUGGAAAAAUUACCUAAAAUAAUCUCAACUUUACCCGGUCUUUUAAAAAUAAUCUCACCUUUUACUGUGAUGCAUAAUAAUCCCAACUUUACUUAAAUUUGCCAGUUUUGGGUCGCCGUUAAGUUUCUAACGGAGGGCUAACGGAAAUACCCGUUUUAGGCAACAAAAUGAAUAUUGGGAUUAUUU